GCGGGCGCCGAGAGGGAGCCAGCCGCCCAGCGGACGCGCGAGUUGGUAGAUCCCGAGCGGGAGCUGCGGGCCACAGUGCAAGACGGCUGAGGCAGAUAUAAAGACCUGAAGGUAGUCCUUCCUGUCCAAAGAUGGAAAACAGUACCACUACCAUUUCUCGGGAGGAGCUUGAAGAGCUACAAGAAGCAUUUAAUAAAAUAGAUAUUGACAACAGUGGGUAUGUUAGUGACUAUGAACUUCAAGACCUGUUUAAGGAAGCAAGCCUUCCUCUGCCUGGCUACAAGGUGCGUGAGAUUGUGGAGAAAAUUCUAGCAGUUGCCGACAACAACAAAGAUGGCAAAAUCAGUUUUGAAGAGUUUGUGUCACUAAUGCAAGAGUUAAAAAGCAAAGACAUCAGCAAAACAUUCCGAAAAAUAAUCAACAAGAGGGAAGGGAUUACUGCUAUUGGAGGAACUUCAUCUAUUUCCAGUGAGGGCACACAGCAUUCUUACUCAGAGGAAGAAAAAGUGGCUUUUGUUAACUGGAUAAACAAAGCCCUGGAGAACGACCCUGACUGUAAGCAUCUUCUACCUAUGAAUCCCAAUGAUGGCAGUCUUUUCAAGUCACUUGCAGAUGGCAUCCUUCUUUGCAAAAUGAUCAAUUUAUCUGAACCAGAUACAAUUGAUGAAAGAGCUAUUAAUAAGAAAAAGCUCACCCCUUUCACUAUUUCUGAAAAUUUAAAUCUGGCCCUGAAUUCUGCCUCGGCCAUUGGUUGUACAGUGGUGAAUAUUGGUGCACAGGACCUCAAAGAAGGAAAACCUCACUUGGUCUUGGGACUUCUUUGGCAGAUCAUCAAAGUUGGUCUUUUUGCUGAUAUUGAGAUUUCUAGAAAUGAAGCUUUGAUUGCAUUGCUGAAUGAAGGUGAGGAUCUAGAGGAGCUGAUGAAGCUUUCUCCUGAGGAGUUACUGUUGCGAUGGGUGAACUACCACCUGACCAAUGCAGGAUGGCGUACAAUCAACAACUUCAGUCAAGACAUUAAGGAUUCGAGAGCCUAUUUUCAUCUGCUUAAUCAGAUUGCCCCUAAAGGUGACCGGGGAGAUGGACCUGCCAUUGCCAUUGACCUUUCAGGAUUUAAUGAGAAAAAUGACCUGAAGCGUGCUGGAUUCAUGCUUCAAGAAGCAGACAAACUGGGCUGCAGACAGUUUGUUACUCCUGCAGAUGUGGUUUCAGGCAAUCCUAAACUUAAUUUAGCUUUUGUAGCUAAUCUGUUUAACACAUACCCCUGCCUACACAAGCCUGAUAAUAAUGACAUCGAUAUGAAUUUAUUGGAAGGAGAGAGCAAGGAAGAGAGGACAUUUCGGAACUGGAUGAAUUCCUUGGGAGUCAACCCAUAUAUUAAUCAUUUGUACAGUGACCUUGCAGAUGCUUUAGUGAUCUUUCAGCUCUAUGAAAUGAUCCGAGUGCCAGUGAACUGGAGCCAUGUCAACAAACCUCCGUAUCCUGCUCUUGGAGGGAACAUGAAGAAGAUUGAAAACUGUAACUAUGCAGUGGAACUUGGGAAGAAUAAGGCCAAAUUCUCCUUGGUUGGCAUUGCUGGGCAAGACCUAAAUGAAGGGAACUCAACACUUACUCUGGCAUUGGUAUGGCAGCUGAUGAGAAGGUACACAUUGAAUGUGCUAUCAGAUCUUGGAGAGGGUGAAAAAGUAAAUGAUGAAAUUAUUAUUAAGUGGGUCAAUCAGACUCUUAAAAGUGCAAACAAACAUACUUCUAUUUCCAGCUUUAAGGAUAAAUCUAUUAGCACUAGUUUACCAGUCCUAGAUUUAAUAGAUGCCAUUGCACCAAAUGCAGUUCGUCAAGAAAUGAUCAAAAGAGAAAAUUUAUCUGAUGAGGACAAGCUGAACAAUGCUAAAUAUGCCAUUUCAGUUGCUCGAAAGAUUGGUGCCCGGAUAUAUGCGUUACCUGAUGACCUCGUAGAAGUGAAACCAAAGAUGGUUAUGACGGUGUUUGCUUGCUUAAUGGGAAAAGGACUGAACAGAAUAAAAUAAUGAAACAUUUAAUAUGAUUUUUCUGCCACAUUAAACACACUGCCUCACAGUUUACAGAAUUCUGAAAUAUAGUGGGUAUAAAACCAUAGAGAUUAUUUGUAUGUUCAAAAUAGUUAUACAUUCAUUAAUGAAUUCAAUAUCUUGUUCAUACUAGUUAGAACUUGUCAACCCUUUUGGGUAACAGUUAAUUUACCAGUCAAUACUGAUAAUAAAAUAUGUUCAUUAUCAAGCUGAUACUUCAUGAUUAAAUUAUUUUUGUUUCCUGAAAGUCUUAUUAAAACAAGAUUAAUUCAUUCUUUUUCAUGGUUCAAAAAAGAUCAAUACAAAAAAGAUUUUUCAGGUUCUGCUGUGAAAUGUGUUCUAAUUUUUUUUUUGGUGUUAUUUACUUUCGAUCAUAAAUGCAAAGUCAUGAUCCAGAUUAUUCUUUUUAUUUUCUUCCUCCAAAUAUAUAAAGUGGUCUAAAACACUUCUGUAAAUUUCUAUGUUAUCUAAAAUUUUAAAAUGACAAGUAUUCAAUAACAUUAAACUUUUUAUAUAUGAGAACUAAUUCUUGAAUAAACCCCAAAGUUCACUCUCUUGUAUAAGUAGCAGGAGCUUUUUACUCAAAACUUAAUUUUAACUGGAUUGACACCUUACAUAUCCUAGUUUGGUAAUAUAGCUUUAACUAUGAUGUGUAGCAUAUAUAUGUUGGUGGGAUAUUACUAGAGAAAUAUCUGUGCAUACAUAUUUUUUGCAUCUGAAUUACCCAGAUUUUCUUAAAUGGUAUGUAUAAUUGGUCAGUCAGCCAACUAUUAAGUAUUUAUUUUGCCCCACAACAUGUAUGACACAUUUCAGUUUGUGGAUAUCUGAUAAAUGAAGAUUUCUUUUAUAAAUCUUGAAUGUGCAUGUAGUUAUUUUUCAACUGACUCCUUAAAAAUACUUGUAGCCAAACACUGGCUAGAACAUCCCAAGACAUGUUGACACUCCUGUUGGCUUCAUACUUCACUUGUUAGGUUAGGUCUAUACUGAAACCCUAUAUAAUUCGGAAUAUGCCCACUGAAUAUCUUUAGUAGAAAGUAAUAUAAAGCUAAUAUUUAACAAAUUGUUUUCACAUUUUUUUUUUCACAGCAUCUUACAAAUUGGCAAUGUUUUGUUAAUGUUUGUUACCUGGGAAUAGCUAAAGUUUGAGACCUAUUUUUUUCUGAAUUUUUAGCAUUAGACUGAUUCUGCUGUUAACAACUGAAUCCAGAAAUCUACUUCCUUCAAUUUCUACUGUUAGCACCAGUGAGCAAUACGGCUGUGUAGAAAAAAUGUUACUUUAUCCCAGUGUCAAUGAGUAGCAUAAAUCCCCCUUCUACCAUGGAUUAAAACAUACAUGUUGGUAAGAGUGAGACUGCCAUGUGUUUAGAAUAGGAUUUUUUAAAUGAAAUGAUCAACAGGUGGAAUUUUGAAAUAUAUUCUUCAAUAAGAGACUUCUUUCCCUUUUAUAUUUUGAUGAUUGUUUUCUUAUAUGAAGAUUAAGAUAUGUUCUUGCUCUUUUAUGAAAUUAUUUGAUUCAUGUUUCCCCCUUUGAUUUUUUUCACUGUUAUACUUACUAAGUUAUCUGAUUUACAUGAAAUUUGGCACUUUAGGGUGUUCUUUUGUCACAAAGUAUAUUUAAUAAAAAUGCUGUGUAUGUAGAAA